AUGGCUCUUCGGCAGGAGGAAGGCUGGCAUACCGUUCAUGGCCAGACCUUCGGCGAGCGCUGGAGCGAAUUGGCCGUGGCGUUAGAGCGCGAUCAUGAACACCUGUGCUUCGUGAAUCCAUUCCUUCCCGUUGCGGAGCUGGCUGUUCUGGAGCAGGACUACAGUCUGCAGCCCACCUGCGUGCCGGGUGCCUUCGACUUUGCACUCCCGGAGGAUCCCCGCCAGCGGUUUCCUGUUGUGGAUGCCAGCGAUGAGCGGCACAUCUACGUUGAGCCGAUUCGCCCUGAUCGGCAUGAAGUGGAGGUGCUGGGAGCCUCGCCAGGUGAAGAGCUGGCACCCUUCCUCCUGGCAGAGGGCGCCUCGCUGAUUGUUGCCAAAGCCUUGCAAGUCGAGGAGGGCGAUUACGUUUUGGAUGCCUGUGCCACUGGCGCCACUUCGUUCGCUCUGGCAGCCGCGCUCUUUGCCCCGCGCUGCCCACGUGGACACGCUUUGCCGCAGAACCUACAAGGCCGCCUCGUUUGCAACGAGAUGGUCAAAUCCCGGGCCAUUCUCGUGCAGCAGAUGUUGCAGCUGCUGCUGCCUUGGCGGCUCUUCGAUUCGAAGGAGAGCCUGGCCGGACAUGGCCCUCGUGUUGUGUUGACAUCCGUCGACUUGGGCACGACGUCGAAUGCUGCCGAGAAGUUAGCACCCUACAGCAAGAUCCUUCUGGGUCCUCCGUGCACGGACGACAAGGCAAUGCUGCGCGGCUCCUGCCCUGGUGGUCUCGCGCGGUGGUCCGCUUCCACCGCCAAGGUGAGCGCUGAGCGACAGCUCAAGUGGUUGCACAAUGCGCUUUGGUUGCUUUGUGAAGGAGGUGUGCUGCUGUACUUCAAUCGUGCGCUCGCUCCGGAGGAGGGCGACGGCGUCAUCGAGCGGCUCUUCAAGCGCGUGGAGGGGACUUUCGACCUCCAGGCCGCCUCAGACCGUUGA